AUGAAAAAUAUAAACCUUAGAAAGUUUAAUGAAAAAUCUAUCUAUCUAUCGAUCUAUCUCAGUCUAUUCAUAUCUAUCUAUCUAUCUAUCUAUCUAUCUAUCUAUCUAUCUAUCUAUCUAUCUAUCUAUCAAUUCAAAUCAAUACUUUUAAAAUCACACACCAACUAUUCAUGUCUUUUCUUUUAUCUAUCUAUCUAUCUAUCUAUCUAUCUAUCUAUCUAUCUAUCUAUCUAUCUCAUCUCAUAUCUGUUCAUAUAUAUAUAUAUAUAUCUAUCUAUCUAUCUCAGUCUGUCUAUCUAUCUAUCUAUCUAUCUAUAUAUAUAUAUAUAUAUCUAUCUAUCUAUCUCAUAUAUCUCAUCUAUCUAUCUAUCUAUCUAUCUAUAUCUAUCUAUCUAUCUAUCUCAGUCUGUUCAUAUCUAUCUAUCUAUCUAUCUAUCUAUCUAUAUAUAUAUAUUUAUCUAUCUCAGUCUGUUCAUCAUAUCCAUCUAUCUAUCUAUCUAUAUCUAUUCAUUCAUAUCUAUCUAUCUAUCUAUCUCAGUCUGUUCAUCUGUUCUAUCUAUCUAUCUAUCUAUCUAUCUAUCUAUCUUCAUAUAUACCUCAGUCUGUUCAUAUUCAUCCAUCUAUUCAUAUCUAUCUAUCUAUCUAUCUAUCUAUCUCAGUCUGUUCAUAUUCAUUCAUCUAUCUAUCUAUCUAUCUAUCUAUCUAUUAUCAUAUAUAUUCAUCUAUCUAUCUCAGUCUGUUCAUAUCUAUCUUCAUAUAUACCUCAGUCUGUUCAUAUAUCUAUCUAUCUAUUUUUAUCUAUCUAUCAUAUCUUCAUAUAUACUAAAUCAUCUCAUCUAUAUUCUUAUCUAUAUAUAUCUAUCUCAUAUCUGUUAUAUAUCUAUCUAUAUAUCUAUCUAUAUAUAUCUAUCUAUCUAUCUAUAUGUUCUAUCUAUCUAUCUAUCAAUUUCAGUUCAUAUCUAUCUAUCUAUCUAUUCUUCUUCAACGUCCGUUCUGUGA